AUGGCUGGCCCGCGUCUUGCAACACGCGCUACCUCGCAACUUCCACCACCCUGCCAUCAGCUAGCCCAGCCAUCUUGCUUGUAUCACGAAGAUCUUUGCACACAGCAUUUCAAUCCCAUUCUGCUUAUAUUUUCUAGCUCCUUAUUCUCGCUACCUCUUGCAUAUACACUUGUACAACUACGCUUGGUCAAUUGGAUAUUGACCACUCAUCUACACAGAGUGGCUGCCACUGUUGGCUUACGGUCUGCUAUUACUGUCUAUUCGCUCUCUCGACUGCUCACCCGACGAACUCCACUUCUCCACAACUCUCAAUUCUGCACAAUGUCAAGUCUCAAGAGAAAAGCGGCGGCAACAGGCAACGAGACUGAGGCAAAGAAAACAAGGGCCAACGGUAGCAUUUCUUCCUUCUUUGGUGCUGCCCCAAAGCCUGCUGGUGCUGGUGCCGCCCCCUCUCCAGCGACCAAGUUUGACAAGGCAAAAUGGGUUGAAGGCUUGACUGCCGAGCAGAAAGAGCUGCUCAAGCUCGAAAUUGAUACUCUUCACGACAGCUGGCUGGCAUUGCUCAAGGAUGACGUGACUACAAAGGAGUUUCUCGAAUUGAAGAAAUUCUUGAAUCGUGAGACGGCUGCUGGCAAGAAAUGGUUUCCGCCAAAGGAAGACGUGUACUCUUGGUCUCGUCAUACGCCAUUCAACGAAGUCAAAGUCGUCAUCGUCGGCCAAGAUCCCUACCACAACGUGAACCAAGCCCACGGCAUGGCCUUUUCCGUUCGACCGCCCACCCCGGCGCCGCCAUCGCUCCGAAAUAUGUAUAUUGCUUUGAAGAAGGACUAUCCUAGCUUCGUUGAGCCGGCGAACCGAGGUGGUUUGUUAACACCAUGGGCAGACCGGGGCGUGCUGAUGCUCAAUACAUGUCUUACUGUUCGUGCACAUGAGGCCAAUUCACAUGCCAAUCGCGGCUGGGAGCGGUUCACGCAAAAAGUAAUUGACCUCGUUGCUCAAAAGCGGACGCGAGGCGUGGUCUUCAUGGCAUGGGGAACACCAGCCAGCAAGCGAGUGCAGCGAGUGGAUAAACAACGCCACCUGGUGCUCCUCAGCGUUCACCCUAGCCCACUCAGCGCAUCCAGGGGAUUUUUUGAUUGUGGUCAUUUCAAAGCUGCAAACGAAUGGCUCAUUACUAGAUAUGGCGAUGAUGGGGAGAUCGAUUGGGCCCUGAAGCCCGGAAAUACAACCAAGAAGCUUGUCAAGGAGGAUGCCAAAGAGGAUACCAAAGAAGACGACAAAGAAGAUGCGGAACUAGUAGCAAAUGGAAAUGCAAAGGGCGCAGAUACACCAGAUGACUCACCAGAGAAACCAAAAGAGAGUGCAAAGGCCAAUGGAGCGCUCAAAGCGAAGAGCGAAGAAGACGACAUCGAUUCCGAUGACGAGGCUGCGUUGGAAGAAGCCCUUAAACUUGCAGAAGAGCAAACCAAGAAUUAA